CAUUUACAUUCAUCCAUAACUAUCAGCUUGUACGUCAGACUGGCUUUUCUCGAGUUGAUUGAUUAAUAGUUCCUUGAUAAACUGUGUUUUGAUCUUUCUAGUCCAUUCAUCUACUUAAGUGUCUCCUACAUCAUGGCUGCGAAUUACUGGGCAUCUACACAGCGUCGGCAUUGGCUCUUCUCGAGGGAGCGAUUAUCCGAGAUCAGAGAGAACCUGAAAGAGAAGGAUAAAUUAGCACAUCAGCAGUUCCCGUUGCCAGAUUUGAGGCUCCUUAGCAUCUACUUUAACCAACAACUGACCAAGUUGGGCAAGAGAAUGACAACGAGACAGCAGGCGCUGGCGACUGCCCAAGUUUAUAUUAAGAGAUUCUAUACCAAAGUCGAGAUUCGACAGACCAACCCCUACUUGGUGCUUACGACGGCCUUCUAUCUCGCCUGCAAGAUGGAAGAGUGUCCUCAACACAUCCGCUUCGUCGUCGGGGAGGCGCGAGGUCUCUGGCCAGACUUCAUCUCGUCGGACGUAGCCAAGCUGGGAGAGUGCGAGUUCUCCUUGAUAUCAGAAAUGAGCUCACAGCUGAUUGUCCACCAUCCAUAUCGGACACUGACAGAGCUUCAGCCCGAGCUGGCGCUUACAUCAGAUGAGGUCGCCCUCGCUUGGUCCGUCAUUAAUGAUCACUAUCUCACAGACCUGCCGCUUCUGUAUCCGCCGCACGUCAUUGCUGUGAUGGCGAUUAUCGUCGCCGUCGUCUUCAAACCAAGUCAGACCAGCUUCCACGGCACAGGACCGCCCUCGCUAGCCAGCGCCAUUCGAGAAGGGGGUGCCGGUGUACUGGCAGCCUUGGGUGACAAGAACGCGCCCGGACCGCCAGCGCGAAUUCAGAAAAUCAUCACCUUCCUUGCAGAAAGUGAAGUCGACAUCAAGGCUGUCAUCGAAUGUACACAGGAGCUGGUCUCUCUAUACGAGGUGUGGGAGCAGUACAGUGAGAAACACUGCAGAGAACUUAUUGGGCGGAUGGUCAAGAGCAAGAAUCUGGAUAAAUGAGACACGCGUCUUAUCCAUUCAGGAAGGUUGUUCAUCGCUUGCCGGAGCCUGCAUUUGCGUUCAAUUCAGUUUCCUAUGACGGUUGAUAUAGUUUUGGCGUGUCUAUUUCAUCUCACAUCGCAUAGCGUACUCUUUAUCGGCGUCCUGGGAUUACAGGGAUUUGUCUUCAUCAAUCGCCAUAUACUCAAUAUUCAUCCAGAUUCAACUCCUCAUCUAUCAUUCCAUAGCACAUCUCAGACACACAUUGGAUUAAUUACAUUACAUAGUUGUUCCCUGUGAACGUUAUCAAUACCAAUUAAGGCGUAGAACCUUUGAAAGGCUGUCCAAUACUUAUAUGGCUCACCGCCUUGCCGUGUCACUUGUCGAGCUCUAGCUCAGGGGUGGACAUGGACAUCCUUCGAUCGGUACAAAGCAAUCUCGAGCUCUUAAAUCUUGUAGACCAUUCAACAUUGUGACAG